CUACCCAACUCCUAGAGAGAUCGAUAUCUCGGAUUUACUAAUUCAGGAACUCUUAAAACAAGGAACGUUCGAGAGUAAAGAAGAGACCAGGCAACGUGAAGCCAUUCUAGACAAAUUCGACAAACUUGUAAAAGUGCUUAUUUAUAAUAUAAGUCGGGAAAAAAAACUUUCUGAAAUCGAUGCUAAAGAGGCAGGGGGUAAAAUUUUCACUUUCGGAUCAUACAAGUUAGGGGUUUAUGGAACUGGUGCUGAUAUCGAUAUACUCUGUGUUGCUCCUAGACAUAUAACUCGGAAUGAUUUCUUUUACUAUAUGCAUAAUGCACUUAAUAAUUCUAUUGAAAGUGUUACCGAUGCCUACGUUCCUGUUAUAAAAUUAAAAUUUCAAAAUAUUCCGAUUAACUUUGUUUUUGCAAGAUUAGAGCUUGCUAAAAUUCCUAAUGAUCUUGAGAUUAAAGAAAAUGCUCUUUUAAAAAACUUGGAUGAAAUAUGCGUCAGAAGCAUAAAUGGAUCGCGUGAUGCAGAUGAAAUAUUACGUCUUGUUCCAAGUCUACCAGCUUUCCGUACAUCUCUGAGAUGCAUAAAAUUUUGGGCAAAGAGGCGUGCUAUAUAUUCUAACGUGAUGGGAUUUUUUGGAGGCGUCGCAUGGGCAAUGUUGGUUGCUCGAAUUUGUCAACUAUAUCCAAAUGCUAUAGCUGGCGCGAUCGUUUCUCGAUUUUUUAGAAUUAUAUAUCAAUGGAAAUGGCCUCAUCCUGUGUUGUUAAAACCAAUUGAAGAUAGUCCUCUUAAUUUCAGAGUGUGGAAUCCAAAGAUAUAUCAUGAUGAUUUGUUUCACUUAAUGCCAAUAAUUACUCCCGCUUACCCUUCAACAUGUGCAACGCAUAAUGUAACUCAAUUCACUAAAAAAAUAAUGGAAAGAGAAUUUGGACGAG